UCUUUUCUUUUAAGGUUAUGUUUUUAAAAUAUCACGUGUAAACGUGAAAAUCUAAGUCUUCGCCUGAAGUAUUGUAAUUAAAGUUAAAAAUGCAACACGACGACGUUGUUUGGAGUAUUAUAAACAAAACACAUUGUUCAUACAAGACUCAAACCAAGACACAAAAGUUUUGCCGUAACGAAUAUAACCUUACAGGUCUGUGCAACAGAUCGGCUUGUCCCUUAGCAAACAGUCAAUAUGCAACGAUCAGGGAAGAAAAUGGUAUAAUCUAUCUGUUUAUGAAGACUGCCGAGCGGUCAGCGUUUCCAAAUAAGACCUGGGAAAAGGUAAAACUAUCCAGAAACUUUGAAAAGGCCAUACAUCAAAUCAAUGAAAAUUUACUCUAUUGGUCUGGUUUUAUUAAGUCAAAAUGUAAGCAGAGGUUCGUAAAAAUAACACAAUACUUAAUUCGAAUGAGAAAGUUGAAAUUACGAAGACAGAAAUUGCUGGUUCCGAUUCAAAGUAAGGUAGAACGAAGAGAAAGACGCAGAGAAGACAAAGCUCUCAUAGCUGCUCGAAUUGAAAAGGGAGUUGAGAAAACGUUGUUAGACCGUUUGAAACAAGGCGUGUACCAAGAUUUGUACAAUAUAUCUCCACAAACAUUCGAUGAAGCAGAGCAAGAGAGAGAAUUGGAAUCUGAGGAAGAGGUAGAACAAGAAAUGGAAAUGGAAAACGAAAUGGAGGAAGACGUAGAUACACCGGAAUUUGUUGCAGCAGAUUCAGAUGAUGACAGUGAUGUUGAAAGUGAAAGUGGUAAUCCUGAGGAAGUGGAUUUAGACAGUAGUUUUGAAUCUUCAGACGGUUCAGAUAUUGAAGAUAUAAGACCUAGUACUUCAAAGAAGAGCCAGACACCUGUAAAUAAGAAAGGUACACCCAAACCUGGAUCCAGUAAGAAGAAGCGUAGAUCUAGGGUUGAAAUUGAAUAUGAACAUGAACCAGCUCAAAGACUGUCUGUUAGUUAAAUUUUUUUAAUUGUGAUUGUUACACUUUCUUUAAUAAAUAUGUUAAGGCGA